AUGGAGCUAGUGUCCAAUUUGGAGUCGCUAGUCCUGACUUGGAUGAGCCUGGCCCUCAUUUUGACAUCGUCGGUUCACGUCCCCACGUAUAUAAACUAUGUAGCCCCGACGAGGGCGGAAGAGAAGCAAGCCGUGGUGGUCCAUCAUGUCAUCCUCCGUCUCAUCACUGCCCACCCUGUGGGACGACUCGAAGCACCCUCCUACGUCGGCCCCACCAAAUUUUCCUUGGACGGGGAUUCCGUGUUCCUCGUCGGCGACGAACCCGUCCGGUUCCACGUCGACUCCACGGUCAUGUGCGCGGCCUCCAAGUUCUUCGCGGCCAUGUUCAGCAAACGGUGGAUGCGGAAGAAUCCUCCCGCCCUCCAGAUCCAGGAUCCCACCGAGUUCGUCUUUACCCAAGACGAUCCUCGCGCAUUUGGUGUCGUGCUCGACGUAAUCUACCACACCAAUUCCGUGAGGUCGCUGUCGGCCGCGGACCUUCGAGAAGUCGCCAUCCUCGCCGACAAGUUCAAUGCGCCACUCUGCGAUCUCGGCGACCUGCUUCAGGCCGCUUACCUGUUCAAUAUGGCGGACGCGUUCUCCAACAUCACGGCCCGACUCGUCCUCGAGGGGUGGGCCCAUUUCCUGGAGACUAGACGUGCCCGGAUCCGCGAGAAGAUUUACGACCUCCUCCUCACCGACAUCAACACACCAUGCCGCUGCGGCUGGGGCUGUGUCGUGGUGAAAAGGUUCGUCAAGCUAUUACGCCAAAACACCCCAUCCACUCUUGCCCUGGUCUCCGUCCGAUCCAUCAUGGACAGAGUCGGCGCCAUCCGAGACUACGUCACCCGGACCACGCGGGAAUGCAGGUGUAUUGCCUUGACCGAUGAUGCGGAGAUGCGGCUGGAGGAGGCCCAGGAAAUGGCUCCUUUGUGCUUGGAAUGCGUGCGUGAAUGCAAGGACCACGUUGGCAGCUGCAAGCAUGAGAACUGCGAGGACGAGAGCGAGAGCGAGGGUAAUGACGGUGGCGACGAUCAACGCAGCAGUAGUGGCUCUGGUGAUGAUGAAGAUGGGGAAUAA